AUGGAUCUCCGAGAUUCCAAACCAGUGGAUAUGGACGCCAAGUCCAUCUUGUCCAUGCAAGAACUGGACCCUUCACCUGUGGACGAUUUGACUCCGGAUGUUGAGCCCGCGGAAUACUUGCCCAAGCCAAAUGGAGAUAAACCUCCAAGGACAUGUGGUUUUACACUUCCCUCAUUAGGUCUUCGACCGCAUCGAUGGGAUGCAUUGUUAUCCGGUCUCCAGAAAUACUCCACAUAUCCUCCGACAGCAUUCUUUGUCUUGCAUUUCGCCAAUACCGCUCUUAUUCCGCUCGUGACCCAAUCGGUGCCCGCCAGUGAGCCCUAUCUGUUGCUCACGCGACCAGUCUACCAGGCUCCAGGAUUGGAACAUCUCGUCCUGACUCUUCCCAUAAUCACCCAUAUUGUCUCUGGUAUCGCACUGCGCAAUAUUCGUUCCUCACGGCGUGCAAGAUUAUACGGUGCGGAGACUCGUGCACAACGGAAUUUGCUCGCCUGGUGGCCUCGGAUAUCUCUCCAGGCUCGUUCGGGAUAUCUUCUCGCCCCGCUGAUUGGAUUCCAUGCUGUAGUGAAUCGCAUCACACCACUCAUGGUGGAAGGUAGUAGCUCUGGCGUUGGACUGGGCUAUGUUGCUCAUGGCGUGGCUCGCAGUCCUGUUUUCUGGAACAUCUUUUACCUGGUAUUUGUUACCGCCAGUGUAUGGCACUUCAUUGGUGGUUGGGCAACCUGGAUGGGAUGGCGAGUUACAACUGCCCGGAAAGAGCACACCAGUAAGGGUUCAUUGGAGGGAUUGCUAGGUUAUCCUGAGAACCACCAUCGCGCGAAGCGACAGCGAAAGAUGUGGUGGAUGGUCAAUGGUAUUGCAGCUGCUGGUGCUGCCCUCUGGCUUGCCGGUGCUCUUGGUAUUGUUGGUCGCGCUGGCGCAGGUGUUGGCUGGGAGGCCCAAGGAUGGAAUGAUAUGUAUAGUCAAGUACCAAUCAUUGGGGAUUGGUUGUGA